AUGGAUUCUAUCAAAACUAUGUCCAAUGCAAUAUACAAUGAUGGAAAUUUAGAUGCUUUAGAGGAGCCUGAAGAUGUGACUGAGUAUAUCAUUUUCUCUAUUGAUACGGCUACGCACGAUCGUGACUUCCUAGAUCCGAACAACGAACCAAAGCUUUCUAUCCGCACUACAUUCGAUCAAAACAUCAAUUCACUAGCCGUCAAAAUAGUGGUUCAAGAACACGAAGAGUUGUCUUAUGCUAUCAAUGCGGCUAUUUCACGAUCGGUGGCUUCGAUGGGGCUUGAAAGAUCGAUCUACCACUACGGUAGCACCACGAUUCCUGUGGCCAACGGUCACAAGCAACCAGAUGCGGCAUGGGGCCCAAGACCACCACCAAAUGGAAGCCCACGAAGACCAACCGUGGUAGUUGAAGUAGCAAUCUCUGAAACGUACGCCAAGUUGCUUCGUGAUACCAACCGGUGGCUCGACCCAAUCGAUGGUCUCGCGAAGGUCGUGCUAGCCAUAAAAGCAGACCGACGGCGGCCCAGGAUUACCAUCGAAAGAUGGCAGUACGAUAGUGCCAAGGCAGAGAACGAAAAUGUCCAAACCGUCGAGAUCAUCGAAAGCAGUGAAGGUGACAAAGUCACAGUGACCGGUGGCCCACUCCUCAUUCCCUUCCACCUUUUUUUCCUCAGACCUGCAGAACCUUCUAAAGAGGCCGACAUACUCAUUCAUGAGCAGGAGAUCAAGGAGAUCGCCCAGUUAAUCUGGGAAAUUCAGUUUACGGCGUUUUGA